GAUUCCAAAAUAAACACGACACGAUAAGGUAAUAAUAAUGUUUGGCAAAAAGUGUUUUGUGCGGAUCCAAAUAGUGCACCAUUCAACUCACACUCAUCCCAUGUCUACUAAGACUCUUCAACUUCACCAUCAUUAUCCAUCUUGUCUUGGUUUCCAUUGAAAUAGUUUGAUGGCUCCGAAACUCGUGAAAACGGGGUCGUUCCGUCACGGUUUGGCGGAGAAGAAGGAGAAACUUCUCUCGGCGAAGAGUGUUGGCGAAAUUGGCAUGCAAGAGGAAGAAGAGUGGAGGGUGGUGAAGUGGUGGAACACGGUGAAGAACCUGACGGAGAAGGCAUGGGAAAUGGGUCGUUCUGAUCCAAGGAAGAUUAUUUUCUCCGCAAAAUUGGGACUUGCUAUGACCCUUAUUUCCCUUUUGAUUCUCAUCAAAGAACCCUUCGAGGAUAUGAGUCGCUAUUGUGUCUGGGCCAUUCUAACGGUUGUCGUAGUCUUUGAGUUCAGCAUAGGGGCAACACUGAGCAAGGGGUUGAGCAAUGGAUUAGGGACCUUGACGGCAGGAGGACUUGCUGUGGGGAUGGCAGAGUUAUCAGCAUUGGGUGGAAAAUGGGAGGAACUUAUAAUUAUUAUAAGCAUCUUUGUUGUAGGAUUUUGUGUCACCUAUACAAAACUAUACCCUACCUUCAAGAAUUAUGAAUACGGGUUCCGCGUGUUCUUGAUCACGUAUUGUUUCAUCACAGUAUCCGGGUAUCAAACAGGGGAAUUUUUUGAUACAACUAUAAACAGAUUUUUUCUCAUUGCACUUGGUGCUGCUGUAUCUUUGGGAGUCAACGUCUGUAUAUACCCAAUUUGGGCUGGUGAGGAUCUGCAUAAUCUUGUCACACAAAAUUUCAUGGGUGUUGCCACAUCUUUGGAAGGUGUCGUGAAUCACUACCUUCAUUGUGUUGAAUAUAAGAAGGUGCCAUCUAAAAUUCUUACUUAUCAAGCUUCUGAUGACCCGGUGUACACUGGCUACAGAUCGGUUGUUGAAUCUACAAGUAAAGAAGAUUCAUUGUUGGGGUUUGCUGUCUGGGAACCACCACAUGGUGAUUACAAAAUACUGAAAUAUCCAUGGAAGAAUUAUGUGAAAUUAAGUGGGGCUCUAAGGCAUUGUGCAUUUACGGUCGUGGCUAUGCAUGGAUGCAUACUUUCUGAGAUACAGGCCCCAGCAGAGAUGAGACAAGUUUUGCGCAGUGAACUUCAGAGGGUAGGUUCUGAAGGGGCAAAAGUGUUACGUGAACUUGGCAACAAGGUUAAAAAGAUGGAGAAACUAGACGAGGGAGACUUGCUGUAUGAAGUGCACGAGGCUGCAGAGGAAUUGCAACAGAAGAUUGAUAAAAAGUCUUACCUUCUUGUCAAUUCAGAGUGCUGGGAAAUUGGAAAGCGCCCAAGAGAAGAGGAAAGUGAUGAUCCUCAACAAGAAGACGAAGAAAGAAAUUUUCUGGAGUACAAGUCUCUGAGUGAAGCAGUACUUGAUCUCAGAACAGUUGAAGUUCCAAAUGCAUGGGAAGGAAAUUUAACUCAGAGCAAUAACUCUUCUAUGCAUGCAACCAAUGCCUCUCAAAACAUGUUUCGGAAUCAGUUUUACCACAAAUCAAAUGCCGUGGCCAAAGAGGGUCAUGAAUCACAAACUUUUGAAAGUGCUAGUGCGCUAUCUCUAGCAACAUUUACAUCGCUUCUCAUUGAAUUUGUAGCAAGGCUUCAAAACCUGGUGGAUUCAUUUGAGGAAUUAAGUGAAAUAGCAAACUUUGUUGACCCACGUGAGCAACGAGCACCAGCACAAUCUCGUGGAUUUUGUAACAGGUUGUUUAACUGCUUAAAUUCAAGGACUGAAACAUGAUCUUCCUUAUGUCAACUUGAAAUCUUAUUAAGGAUUGGAACAUUAACUUGUUCAUGUCAAGAACAUUGUCUUGCAUAGACAGAGCUACUAAAUGAGAAUAUGCAUUAUUGAUUCUUGACUA